AUGUUAUUUCUUACAUUACGACAACACGGCUCCAGCCGUUGGCGAAUGGCCAUGCGUCACUGUCGGUACACGACGGCAUCAUGUCCUGCCUCUUCAGCAGCCCCAUUGCAACCCGAUCGGCCUAUUGGUUACGUCUCGCUUGUCGAUCAACAAGUAGCCUAUGACAAAGGCCUUGACAUACAAACUUUUCUCGUGAAUAGAAGACAUCAAAUCAACCGAGAAGGUGAUAACAAUACGGGUGAUCCAGAGGAUAUCAUUGUGUUCCUGCAGCAUCCACACACAUACACGGCAGGCCGUCGUAUUCGUGGCAAGACCGAAUUAGAGCAAGAACAACGAUUGCGACGAUUAGGCGCUGAUUAUUUUGAGACCAUGCGUGGUGGUCAAAUCACGUACCAUGGACCUGGUCAACUUGUUGCUUAUCCUAUCUUGGACAUUCGUGAUUAUCAAAUCAAUGUACGGUGUUACGUAUCAAGACUCGAAAAGACCAUCAUUGAUUGUUGCAAGCAAUUUGGAGUGGAGGCCAAUACUACCGAGAACACUGGUGUAUGGGUGGGACAGGAUCAAAAGAUUGCAGCUCUUGGGGUCCAUUUGCAGCGGUAUGUGAGUAGUCAUGGUGUUGCGCUCAACUGUAAUGUGGAUCUCGAUUGGUAUAAGCACAUUGUUCCUUGUGGCCUGGCCGACAAGAAGGUCACCUCUUUAUCCGAGCAAUUGGAUCGUGUCAUCACGCCAAGUGAUACAUUGCCUGUUCUUCGACAAAGUUUUGAACAUCUGUUCCAAGUUCCUUUACAACCUAUCAAUCCUGAUGGUCCAUUGGCUAGUGAGAUCAAAUCCAUUAUUGCAGGAGGAAAAUAA